AUGCUUAAUGACAUCAUCCACGUGUCGGUUGAUUGGCUACAGGAGGUCACUCACCUGACCAAUCACCCAUUGAAAAAGCGAGGAAUGAGGGCCCAGAGGCGUUCCAGGGGUCGAGGGGGCAGGAGGCAGGGCCACAGAGACACCUCUCAGCCCGAUAGAAAAAACAAACUCAGGGAGACGGACACCCCUCCACAGGCAACAACCUCUGCCUCCACACACAGGAAGCCAGGAAUGCGGCCCCGCCCCACAGAGUCCAUCAGGAGCAGGACAGAGACAAAUGGGGAGGGGCUCAAAAAGGCGAUGGUGGGAAAAGCAGAAAAGAUGGAAGUAGUAUGGGAGGGAGGGAACCUAGUGGGAGAGAGAGGGAACCUAGAAGAAGAGAGAGGGAACCUAGCAGGAGUAGCGGGAGAGAGAGGGAACGUAGUGGGGGAGAGUGGGAACCUAGCGGGAGAAAGAGGGAACGUAGUGGGGGAGGGAUCAGCUGUAGCCCAGCAUUGCAGCAGGAACAACAUGUCAAUCACUACUGGUAACCAUAGCUCAGUUGCCCUGAUCAGCACAAACAACAACGUAAACAGCAGCUUCAAACACAACUCUGGAAGCAACAACAGUAUGAACAACAGCUUCAGAUGCAACCCUGAAACCAACAACAACUUCAAAAUUGAGAGUGGAGCUGUCAACCCCUCAGUCCAUAAUAGCAUGCUCAAAAGUACAUCAACUAAUCAUAAUGGAACAAAUCACACAACAGCCAAUCACAGUGGAGCUAGCAUCACUUCAGCCAAUCACAGCUCUAGGAGCAGUCCUCCCAGUAGGAAGACGGCCACCUUUAAAGCCAGAGUGCCUAAGAAGAAGUUCAUGUUUAAGCACUGCACAGCUAACGUCUCCGUCCCUGGCCAGUGCCCUACCUCCAGCCCCAUCAUUAACACUAACCCAACCCUUAGCACUAAGGCUAGCUUUAGCCCAAAUCCUAACCCUAAUGUCAACAUUACAGCUAAACCUACCUGUAACGGUAAGGCUAGCCCUACCUCUAUCCCCAACUUUAACUCAACUAAUGCUAAGGCUAGUUCUAGCUGCCACCCCGAUCUUAAUGGCAUCAUUAACACUAAUCCCAUGUGUAAUGCUAAGGAUAGCCCUAGUUCCAACGCCAACCUGGACACAAACAUUGAUGCUAAUGUUCUCUAUAAUGCUAAUUGUAGCCCUACCUCUAAUCCAAAUCCCAGUCUUACCACAGCACAACACAUUAAUGUUAAACUAACCUUUAAUAUGAAGGCUUCUCCUACCUCUAAGCUUAACCCUACCUCCAGGCACAACCCCAGUGCUAGUGCUACCAUCACUUCUACAGCUAGCAGCAGCGCUAAUGCUUACUGUACACCACCCGCCAGUGUUAACGAUAACAUCACUUCUAUAGCUAGCAGCAGUGCUAAUGCUAACUGUAUUCCACACAUCGCUGGGUUUGAGGGCACUAGUGGCUGCAGAGAGAGCAGGACUCACACUAAAAAACACUCAAACUCUUACCAAGAAACACAAGCACACACACACAUAUACUUUGACCAGGAAAUGCAAACACACACACACACAACCUCUGCCAGUGCAGACACACACGCUUUGGGUCUGGACGGGCGGAGGGUGCUGAAGGCCUGCAGAGCGUGGGAGGGGGGGAAGGUGCGAGGGUCGGAGCAGGUGCAGCUGAGCAACGACAGCACAACUCUUCAGGUGCACUGCCUGACCCCACCACCAGGGGGAAGCCCUGAGGUCACUCUGGAUGCCCCUCUGUCCAGCAGCACAGUAAGGCCCCUGGCGACGCGAGUGUGUGCUCCUCAUGGAGAGCGGGAAAGGAGGGAUGGCGGGAAUGCGCCUGCGCCUGAGGAGGACAUGGAGGUGCUACGUCUGAACCUGGGACCUCUGGAGGGCAGAGGUGGGCGCAGGGUUUCCCCUAACCCAGCAGGGGCAUCCCUGCACACACACCUCCUUUCCAAACCCCCCGACUACCCUAGUCCACCCCCAGGUGCACCUCUGGGCCCUCCCCCUACCCAGCCACCACCCCAGCGCUCGCCUGCAACGCCCUUCUUUACCCCGUCUUGCACCCCAACACCCAGCUCCUGCACCCCAACACCCAGCUCCUGCACCCCAACACCCAGCCUCCUGCACCCCAACACCCAGCUCCUGCACCCCAACACCCAGCUCCUGCACCCCAACACCCAGCUCCUGCACCCCAACACCCAGCUCCUGCACCCCAACACCCAGCUCCUGCACCCCAACACCCAGCUCCUGCACCCCAACACCCAGCUCCUGCACCCCAACACCCAGCUCCUGCACCCCAACACCCAGCUCCUGCACCCCAACACCCAGCUCCUGCACCCCAACACCCAGCUCCUGCACCCCAACACCCAGCUCCUGCACCCCAACACCCAGCUCCUGCACCCCAACACCCAGCUCCUGCACCCCAACACCCAGCUCCUGCACCCCAACACCCAGCUCCUGCACCCCAACACCCAGCUCCUGCACCCCAACACCCAGCUCCUGCACCCCAACACCCAGCUCCUGCACCCCAACACCCAGCUCCUGCACCCCAACACCCAGCUCCUGCACCCCAACACCCAGCUCCUGCACCCCAACACCCAGCUCCUGCACCCCAACACCCAGCUCCUGCACCCCAACACCCAGCUCCUGCACCCCAACACCCAGCUCCUGCACCCCAACACCCAGCUCCUGCACCCCAACACCCAGCUCCUGCACCCCAACACCCAGCUCCUGCACCCCAACACCCAGCUCCUGCACCCCAACACCCAGCUCCUGCACCCCAACACCCAGCUCCUGCACCCCAACACCCAGCUCCUGCACCCCAACACCCAGCUCCUGCACCCCAACACCCAGCUCCUGCACCCCAACACCCAGCUCCUGCACCCCAACACCCAGCUCCUGCACCCCAACACCCAGCUCCUGCACCCCAACACCCAGCUCCUGCACCCCAACACCCAGCUCCUGCACCCCAACACCCAGCUCCUGCACCCCAACACCCAGCUCCUGCACCCCAACACCCAGCUCCUGCACCCCAACACCCAGCUCCUGCACCCCAACACCCAGCUCCUGCACCCCAACACCCAGCUCCUGCACCCCAACACCCAGCUCCUGCACCCCAACACCCAGCUCCUGCACCCCAACACCCAGCUCCUGCACCCCAACACCCAGCUCCUGCACCCCAACACCCAGCUCCUGCACCCCAACACCCAGCUCCUGCACCCCAACACCCAGCUCCUGCACCCCAACACCCAGCUCCUGCACCCCAACACCCAGCUCCUGCACCCCAACACCCAGCUCCUGCACCCCAACACCCAGCUCCUGCACCCCAACACCCAGCUCCUGCACCCCAACACCCAGCUCCUGCACCCCAACACCCAGCUCCUGCACCCCAACACCCAGCUCCUGCACCCCAACACCCAGCUCCUGCACCCCAACACCCAGCUCCUGCACCCCAACACCCAGCUCCUCUCCUGCACCCCAACACCCAGCUCCUGCACCCCAACACCCAGCUCCUGCACCCCAACCCCCAGCUCCAGGGCAUCAUCUGUCCCCCCGUCUUGCACUCCGACGCCCCCUUCAGGUCCAUCUCCACGCUCGCGCACGCCUGCAUCGGGGACAGCGAGAGCUUUGGAGCAGCAGCGCUACCGUAAGGGGGACGUGGUGGUGACCCCUGCCGGCGUGCGGAAGAAGUUCAACGGAAAGCAGUGGCGGCGGCUGUGCUCCCAGGACCGCUGUCUUCGCGAGUCCCAGCGCCGUGGAUACUGCUCCCGCCACCUGUCCCAGCGCACGCGCGAGGUCGAAGGUCGCGCAGGGGUCAGCUCCGGCUCGGGGGCCGCCACGCCGUCGGAGAGCAAGGGCGGCAGAGUGAGCAGCGAGCUGGACUGGGAAGAGACGUCAUCGUCACGCGACAGCAGCGAGGGGCGCCGGACGCUGCUGCUGCCUCAGGAUUGGUCCGCGCGGUUCGACAUGGAGGAGUGUGAGGCAGCCAGCAUGUUGGUGUCACUCGGCAGCGGGUCCCGGUCAGCCACCCCCUCCUUCUCACCCGUGUCCAAUCAGUCGCUCUCGCCUGCGCCCUCACCCCUCUUUGGAUUCCGGCCCGCCCACUUCAGCCCCAUCACGCCAGCUCCUCCACCCGCACGUCGCCCCCGGCAACCCAGUGGCCCCCCCAGACCCACUGCAGACCAUGACCGCCGCCCCUCUGCUAGCCACACCCCCCUCCAGAACCUCAACCUUCCCAGCAGCCCCCACAGGGAGCCUCAAUUCACCCCCCACGCCCCGCCCAGCCCCACCCCCUCGCCCCUCUCAGACUCCGCCUCCAGGCAAGGUCCUCCAGCUUCCCAUCAGGCCGUGCGGGACUCUCCCGUGAGUGUCCGGAACUCUGAGACCCCGUUGGUCAACUUCACAGAGCAUCUGCUGUUCUGCCCAGACCCCACCCCUGACUCCUCCCAUUCAGAUGGUAGCCACACCUUCCCUCAGCAGGGAUUGGGCCAGCUGCAGGUGCCUGUGCCAAUCAACGCUGCUGAUGCAGCCAAAGGGGCGGUUCUUAUCCGAAGCCCUGCCCCAACCCUUGUGCUGGUUUCCUCUCCGUCUCUGCCAUUCUCCGCCUCUUCAGACUUGACCCCCCAAUCAGGCACCACGCUUGCUUGCAUUUCCGUGACACCAGCCAAUCAGGGAGUGCUGCAGCAACCGGUGCCGUGCCACCCCGCCCCCACCGCCCUGCUGCCCCUCCUACUGCCUGCCCCCCGCAAACACCUAGUCAUAGGCCGCCCUGGAACAGUGUGGACCAACGUGGAGCCCCGGUCAGUGCCAGUGUUUCCAUGGCAUUCGUUGGUCCCCUUCCUGGCCCCCACCCAACCAGAGCCAGCGUCUCAGCCGGGGGAGGGACAACAGCCUGUCAAUCAGCUGCAGGCCGCCAGCCUGAAGAAAGAGUUUCAGGGCGGGGUUGUUCAGCUGAAGGAGAGCAGCGAUGGUGCUCCUCAGACCACCACCGCCGUGGAGCCCCAGAACCCCGACCCCCGCGAGCGGGACCGGGACGGCGAGCGCGAGAGACCUGACAGCGAGACCGAGAGCGAUGUGGAUGACCCGUUCUUCCCGGGGGUCAUGCCAGACCCCCCCAUGUCUGUGUCCCCGGUGAAGAGGAGGACACAGUCCCUCAGCGCCCUGCCCAAAGAUGGGGACAAAAACAGCCCAGGGAAGAGGGAGAAAGACCACAUCCGCAGGCCGAUGAAUGCCUUCAUGAUCUUCAGUAAGCGGCACCGGGCGCUCGUGCACCAGCGGCACCCCAACCAGGACAACCGCACCGUCAGCAAGAUCCUGGGCGAGUGGUGGUACGCGCUUGGCCCCAAGGAGAAACAGAAGUACCACGACCUAGCCUUUCAGGUUAAGGAGGCCCACUUUAAGGCGCACCCCGACUGGAAGUGGUGCAACAAAGACAGGAAGAAGUCCAGCUCUGAGGGGCGUGGCUUGGGCGGGGCCAAAGACGUCAGGGAGAGGAGCAUGUCCGAGACCACCGAGCCUCCAUCUGUCUCACUGGGAAUGGACCUGAAAGGGGUGGGGUCUGGGAUGGUGGGUGUGGUCGAUCGUACUGGAGGGGAGGGGCCUGUAAGUCAGCUGACCCGCCCUCGUGCUUUUUCCCAGAGUGCUGUGCACACCCUGGAACGCAGUGAGCGGGGAAACACACAGGCCCUGGCUGAACUGGCACAGAUGUGUGCUGAUGGGGGUCCCCAGCUGUCGGGGCGACUGGGUCCCCUCUCUCGUGCCCAGCGUGGGGUCAGUGAGGACAUGACCAGCGACGAGGAGCGCAUGGUCAUCUGUGAGGAGGAGGGCGACGACGACGUCAUCGAGGAUCCGUACCCUGCCAGUUCUAUAGACCUGAAGUGUAAGGAGCGGGUCACAGACAGCGACAGUGAGAAUGGAUCAGGAGAUGAAGGAGAACGCAAGAGGGUGUUUGCUGGUGUGAUCUGCUCCUCCACCCAUCAUGGGCGAAGCAUUUCUCUCUCUGCCUACCCUUCGCGGCGCUAUGGCGACGGAGAGGCAGCGAGCGCAGAGCGGAAGAGGAAGAGAGGAGCAGAGGGAGGAGAGGGAGAGCGGAAGGAGGGAUGCACCGACGGAGGAGAGGAAGGGGGUGGGGCCAUGCUAUUCCCUGGGGCUGGGCCUGUGAGUUUGGGGGUUUGUCUGCCGUCACGGGGGGCAUCAACCGUGGUGACGAGCGUUGUGCGUCCAGUAGUCAGCACCCCCAAAGCCCCUCCUGCCACACAGUUCCUUAUUGGACCAGCAUCUGGGGGGGGAGGAGCUGGGUACUCCUCCUCCUCCUCAUCGACCAAUCCCAUGGCUGCGGGGGCGGUCCCUGGAGGACUGGUGACCAAUCUGGUAGUGGGAGGGCCCUUUUCAUCUCAGCCUGCUGUGCAGCUCAUAAACCCCUCCCUUCAGGGCUCCGCCCACUCCCAGAGUAACGGCCCCGCCCCUCUGUCCCUUCUGCCGGCCUCUCUGGUUCCCCCUGCUGCAGGAAAAGCGCUGGUGCAGGCUUCUCUGGCGCCCCCUGCCUUCACGCAGACGCUGGCGCAGGCCUCUCUAGCGCCCCCUGCUCUCACGCAGGUGCAGUACAUCCUCCCCACUCUACCCACCUCCAACCCCAAGAGCCCCUCCCCUCAGCUGCCCGUCCAGCCAACCAGCGUCUUCACCCUGCCCUCAGCCCCGCCCACACACGUUUCACUGGCCAAUGGAAAACAGGCAGCGGUGGCACCAUUGACGGGAUAUGCCUCUAGUCCUGCAGUGGGAAUGGUCAGCCCUGGGACAGGAGUGCAAACGCAAUCACAAGUCUUGCAGGGCAAGAUGAUUGUUCCCAUGGCGACAGUGAGGACAGCACAGGCCUCUUCUCAACCCUCAUUUCCUGUAGUGGCUCCUCCUCUUCCUGUCCAGAACGGAGGUCAAACAGGAAGUAAGAUCAUCCAGAUCGCUCCCAUGCCUGUCGUCCAAUCGCAGCUUUCCACUGGAGGAGCAAUGCAUUCUGGGAGCCCGUUCCCCAUUUCCAUGGCAACUGCCGCAGUGGUCACCCCAGGGUCCACCCCCUCUCAGGCAGUGCUACUGCCGCCCCCUCCAACAAGGUUUCCUUAUGUUCAGUCCACACCAGGCAUCCCGUCUCCUUUGCCUCUGGUAUCCACGACAACGGGCUCCACCCAGUCAACCCCACCCCCUUCUGGAUCUGCAUAUGUGACAUCGCCCCUGGCAACGCUGGGCUUCACUGCUAUCGGCCCACCUGGUCAAACACCAGGUCAGCCUUCUUUGCUGGCUCCUGCCCCGUCCUCCAAUUGCCCCUCUGUUCAUGGCCCUCCCUCGGGAGCUGGGGGGCAGAUUGUCACCGCCAUCUACCCUCCCACCAGCGUCACCCUAGCAACGGGGGUGGUUUCCGUGGCCACGGUGGCCCCCCCUAGCGUGGUGUACACAGUGUCCGGUCCCUCCAGCAUGUCCCCCCACAUCCUGCCCAAACACACACCACCCCCCUCCCUCACACACACUCACACACACACACAUACGCUGCCACAGACUGAGCGACACGCACAGCUCAGCCUGGACAGAGCGUCAGAGUCCCACCCCCAGCAGGCCGACAGGCAGGCCGACUCCUGCCCCCCCAAGGCCGACAGGUCCUCCCUCCCCCAGCCCUUGGCCUCCAGUAAGGCUCCAGCCAGCUCGCAGGCGCCCCACUCUGUAGCGCCACAGCGGCCCCCCAGUCCCCCAGCACCCCCACACACAGGCAGUGCAUCGGGCACCCCGAAGCUGGUGUCUCACCCUGUGAGGACCCCUCAGAAGGUGAAGGCCACAGUGGCGUCCAUCCCGGUGGGAAGUUAUGAGGCUGGCAGCCGGGGGAAGGAGAGAGAGAAGGAGAGGGAGAAGGAGAGAGAGAGGGAGAAGGAAAAGGAGAGGGAGAGAGAGAAGGAGAGAGAGGAGAGGGAGCGAGAGAGCGCGUCCCGGUUCUCAUUCGAGAUGGACCACCCUGCUGAGUUGGGCAGCUCUCCGACCAGACCAGUGGAGGAGGGGUCCUCACAGGCACACAGCGCAGGCGACGCCCCGGACACCUCAGGCCGCAAAGAGGCCUCCACCAAAGAGGCUGAGUGGAAAGACUCACACCCCUUGUCUCCUUUGCCACCCCCCGCUCAGGGGGAGAAAGAUGCCCUCCCAGCCAAGAAGGUCAAAGCACGACCCCCACCCCUCAAGCGCACCUUUGACUCUGUCGACAAGGUUCUGUCGGAGGUGUACUUUGAGGAGCGAUUUGCUGAGCUGCCGGAGUUCCGUCCAGACGAGGUUCUACCUUCGCCGACUCUGCAGAGCCUGGCCACCUCCCCCCGUGCCAUCCUGGGCAGCUACCGCCGCAAGCGCAAGAACUCCACCGAUCUGGAUUCAUCCACGGAGGAUCCGGUUUCUCCAAAGCGGAAGAGUCGCCGGCGUUCCAGCUGCAGCUCUGAACCCAACACGCCUAAGAGCGCCGCCAAAUGUGAAGGAGACAUCUUCACCUUCGAGAGGCCAGGUGCGGAAGGCGAAGACCUCCUGGCGGAGCUGGAGUUUGAGAAGGUGCCGUACUCCUCUCUGCGGCGGACGCUGGACCAGCGCCGGGCCCUGGUCAUGCAGCUCUUUCAGGAGCAUGGAUUCUUCCCCUCCGCCCAGGCCACUGCGGCAUUCCAGGGCCGCUACUCGGACAUCUUCCCCACUAAGGUGUGUCUGCAGCUGAAGAUACGGGAGGUGCGGCAGAAGAUCAUGCAGACCGCCACCCCCUCUGAGACGAUUGGCCAGCUCUCCUCUGAUCCCGCGUCCCAGCCCGGCCCCUCUGGCAUGCAGGCCAAUGAGGGCACAGCAGGGGGGGAGCUCCUGUCGGAGCAGGAACAGGAAGUGGAGCAGAACAGCUCGGAGGAGUCCAGGGCUGCGGCCGACGCGCAGGACGCUACCAGAUGAGUUUGAUGGACACACUGCUCAUCCAGUCAGCAGCCUCUCUUUAUUCAGUCUGUGAGAGGGGCGGGGCCGAUGUGUCCAGGGCUCCUCGCUGGACCAACCGGAGUGUCCCACCUGUCACAUGCACAUGUAUGACACACACACACACACACCCCUCCCUGUACACAUACCUACACACACACACACAGUACAAAUAUAUACACACACACACACCUCCUGUACACAUACCUACACACACACAGUACACAUUUAUACACACACCUAUACACAUAUAUACACACACCUACAUACAUACACACACACCUACAUACACACACACACACACACCAGUUGUCUAUACCUGUGUAUGGUUGGUGUAGGCAGUCUUAAAUACUCACACUUGAAUUGAACUAGUACACUGUUACUUUUACUUUACAUGAAGCUUCCAUAAUUGCCAGUGGACGGCGGACAGUGGGACUGACCAGUAAGAAUCUGCCAUACGGACAGAGCCCUCCCCCUGUGGCCGCUAGGUCAUCGUGGAUUGGCUUCUGCAUUUAUUUAAGAAGCCAACCAAUUCUGCUGCUUUAAACAAUCAAAGACAUUUUGUAAUUGGUCCAAUGUUGGCUGGGGAGGAGGAGCUUUGGCUAAUGCUGGUGACGGGAUUGGCUGAUUGGCUCUGCCGGACCGUGAGGGGCUGGGCCCCCAUUGGCUGAGCGUUUGGAAGGUUUACCUUGUUGUUCUUCUGUUUGUUGUUUUCUUCUCACUCUCUGUUGUCAUGGAGACGAGAUGUGUGCACUGAAGCGCUGGAGUGUUCUGCCUUCACCAUGGCAACUCCAAAUCAACAUGUCCAUUCCAGUGUUGUUGCCAUGGAACCUACAGCCAGAGCGGUCCCCUUCCGUGAUUGGCUGAAACUCCAUCCAUGAAGGAAGGGGGCGGAGAGAGGGCGGAGCAAGGCCACGCCUGUCUUCUGAUUGGACAGAUUUGUAUGAUUAUGUUUUUAUAAGCCGCCAGGCAUCUGUACCUUUUUUUAUUUGAUUUUAAGCCGAAGAAGUCCGUCGUUGUGUUUUUAAAGCGGUUGAUUUGAAACGCCGUUCUGUAUGACCCUUGUGUCUGUAGGAUAACUGCUCUCUCUGACUCCUCCCCAUCUGUGCUGUCAUGGUCCUGACCCCACCUACCUGCCUUCAUUUUUUUUUCAUCUAUUUUUGUUUCUGUCCAAUUUGAGGUCCAUUCAACUCCCACCCCCCCCCUUCAAAGGACCAGAGAGUGACCGCAGCAAGAUAUAGCCCCUCUAUGACUCCUCCCCCUCUCCUACCCCCUAUAUGACUCCUCCCCCUCACUCUCCUCUGUUCACCUCCACCUCCUCUCCUCCUUGCUUGCUCUUCUCCUCUCCUCUCCUCUCUCUCCUCCUCUCCAUCCAGUGGUUCUCUAUUCCCCUGGGCCGUAGUGUCCGGUCGUGUCGUCAUGGGAGACAUGGUGGUUCUGUUGUACAUACUUACUGUAGAGCCCGGAGACUCUUGUGUUGAGGGGACAAACAAACGCUUUGUUGAAUAUUAAAGUGACCAUUGGCGGCCGUGCAGCUGUAAACUGGAGGUUUAAGUAAUAAAUAAAUAUGAAUAUUCAUAAAUAAAUAUGAAUAUUAAUAAAUAAAUAUAAAUGAAUAUUAACUCUUUGUGUUACUCCUUGUUUUACCAGUAAAGUAUGCAAGACAGACAUUUCUAUCAGUAACUGCUACAUUUGUAUCUGUAACUUUCAGUAUACAAAUAAAUUAGACGUUCCAGUCAA